GUGCUUAGUCAUCUCAAACACCUUUGAAUGACCAAUUCCUAAUGUAAUCCUGUCUGUAAACCCUGUCUGCCCGAGCUUUUGUCAAUAUAGUCACCUGCAGUUUUCAUAAUAUUCCUGGCUGUCUUUCAACUCCACGCAUUGGCUCCAAGUUUCUACAAUGUUAUUUCAGCCUCUUCUUGGCUCAGCCUACCUUUCAGGAUUCAAACGAAGUGGCAUUCAAGAAAGGUCAAUUUUGACUCCCAACAUAAAUUGGGUGCCUUUCUCGAUGUGUUCCCAGGGCUCAGUGUUUUUCACCAAAUUCAGCAUCGAUGCUCCUUAAUAAUGUCCUCUUUACUUUCCCACAUCUCUCUCACCCGAAAGCUUCUGAGAACUGGUUUCCAAGUAAGAUUCAAUCAAACCUUGUGUCAGGCGCAUAUGCUGUUGUGUCUGAUAAUCAACUAUUUAAAUAUGAAGUACCUGACUUAAAUGCUUUGCAACUGUCCACAAAUUUUCAAAACAAAACAAAACAAAACAAAACUUACCUUAGAAAAUGUAGCUAAUGUUUUAAACUUGAUCAUUUUAUCUGAGCAUAAGUUUUGCUUUUGGUUUUAGUUUGUGUUUUGGGGGAGUUUGUUCGUUUUGCUUGUUUGUUUGUUUUUUUAAGGUGAGGGAUGUCCAAAAGCACUUAGUUCAAGCCUUAAACAUUCUACAAUACUUUCGUGGCAACCACUAUCAGGUUACAGUGUUCACAACUUUCUUAUUAGUUCUGAAAAGAUCCCUACUUUUAAAUAUUUACUUCUACUGUAAAUAAAAUUGUGUCUUAGUGUAAGUGUCAUUCUUGAGAGCAACUUAAAAACCACAGGCAAACAUGGGUUUGCCUUGAACAAGUGCAGAAACUGGCUAGGCCUCUGAGCGUCGCUGUUGACCACCUAAGGAGUAAAAGGCAGUCAACCAAUCCCACUGAAGGGCUGGCACAACACAAAAGACUGAUAGUUUGUCCGCAGCUUCCGGUCAAAGAAGGCGCAAAGAAAUUCAGCCCAACUGCCUGAUAGUUCUUUCUCCUCGGUGACCUGGGCCCGGUGACUACUGGUCGUUUCAGACCCUGGAGGAUACGGACUGGAUUCCCCCACUGUGCUGGAAGCUGGUUCAGAGGAAACUCGGCUGCAGAAGGGUAAUGGCGACGCUGCAGAAACUCCCCCAGAGCAGAAUGCUGAUCCUCCUGUGCGCACUUUGGGCCGCCCUGUGGGAGGCCAGUGCUGGACAGAUCCGCUACUCCGUGCCAGAGGAGAUCGACAAAGGCUCCUUCGUAGGCAGCAUCGCCAAGGACCUGGGACUAGAGCCACAGGCUCUGACAGAACGAGGGAUCCGCAUCGUCUCCAGAGGUAGGUCGCAGCUUUUUGCUCUGAACCCGCGAAGCGGCAGCUUGGUCACCGCAGGCAGGAUAGACAGGGAGGAGCUGUGCGCCCAGAACACGCCCUGUUUGGUGAACUUUAACCUACUACUAGAAGAUAAACUGACUAUUUAUUCUGUAGAAGUGGAGGUAACAGAUGUUAAUGACAAUGCUCCUCGCUUUGGAGUAGAGGAUCCAGAACUGAAAAUCAGUGAAACAACUACCCCAGGAUUCAGGAUUCCUCUUAAGAGCGCACAUGAUGCGGACGUGGGAGAGAACACCCUCCAGAACUAUAAACUCAACUCAAAUGAUCACUUCUCUUUGGAUGUGCGAACUGGAGCUGAUGGGAACAAGUACCCAGAGCUGGUGCUCGAGCGAGCCUUGGACCGCGAGGAAGAGGCUGUUCAUCAUCUGGUUCUAACCGCCUCCGACGGGGGCGAUCCAGUACGGUCUGGCACCUGCCGCAUCCGCGUGAAGAUUCUGGACGUGAAUGACAACGCUCCUGUUUUUACACAGCCUGAGUAUCGCGUGAGAGUUCCUGAGAAUACGCCCGUAGGCACCCGGAUACUCACUGUGACAGCCACUGACGCAGAUGAAGGAUACAAUGCUCAAGUAACUUAUUUUCACGAGCAUGCCCCUGGAGAUACUGAUACAUUUGAGCUAAAGUCAACAUCUGGAGAUAUAACAAUCACAAAAAGUCUGGAUUAUGAGAAAGCUAAAUCCCAUGAAAUCGAUAUUGAGGCUCAGGAUGGCCCAGGCCUUCUGACUAGGACGAAAGUUAUUGUCACCGUUCUAGACGUGAAUGACAAUGCCCCUGAAUUUUACAUGACAUCUGCCACUGCUUCCGUGCCUGAAGAUGCUCCUCUGGGAACGGUGAUUGCUCUCUUCAAUGUGCAUGACAGGGACUCUGGGCAGAAUGCUGUGGUCACGUGUUCACUUCCUGAGACGCUCCCUUUCAGGUUAGAAAGGUCGGUGGACAGUUACUACCGACUGGUUACAACCAGAGCCCUUGACAGGGAACAGUUCUCCUCCUACAACAUCACUGUAAGCGCCAAAGAUGGAGGGAGCCCAUCUCUGUCCACAGAUGCACACCUUUUACUGCAGGUGGCCGAUAUCAAUGACAACCCACCCUCCUUCCCCCGUGGAGCUUACUCCGCCUACAUUCCUGAAAACAACCCCAGAGGCGCCUCCAUCCUUUCAUUGCUGGCCUAUGACCCUGACAGUAACGACAAUGCCCAUGUAACAUACUCUUUAGCCGAAGACACCUUUCAAGGAGCACCCCUAUCCUCCUAUGUCUCCAUCAACUCGGACACUGGAGUCCUCUAUGCUCUCCGCUCCUUUGACUAUGAGCAGUUCCAAGACUUGCAACUGUGGGUGAUAGCAGCGGACAGUGGGAACCCUCCGCUGAGUAGCAAUGCGUCACUGAGCCUGUUCUUGGUGGACCAGAACGACAACAUGCCGGAAAUCCUUUAUCCUGCCCUCCCCACAGACGGGUCCACUGGUGUGGAAUUAGCACCUCGAUCUGCGGAUCCUGGAUACCUGGUGACCAAAGUGGUGGCAGUAGACAAAGAUUCAGGACAGAAUGCCUGGCUGUCCUAUCGUCUGCUCAAGGCCAGUGAGCCAGGGCUCUUCUCUGUAGGACUGCACACGGGCGAGGUACGCACGGCUCGGGCCCUGAUGGACAGAGAUGCUCUCAAGCAGAGCCUGGUGGUGGCUGUGCAAGACCAUGGCCAACCUCCUCUCUCUGCCACAGUCACGCUCACCAUAGCAAUAGCUGACAACAUCCCUGAAGUCCUGGCUGACCUGGGCAGCAUCAGGACCCCUGCUGACUCUGAUGAUUCAGAACUAACGCUCUACCUGGUGGUGGCCGUGGCUGUGGUCUCCUGUGUCUUCUUGGCCUUUGUCAUUGCACUGCUGGCGCUCAGGCUGAGGCGCUGGCAUAUGGCUCGAAUGCUUCAGGCUUCAAGAGAUGGCUUAGGGGGCAUCCCUGCCUCACACUUUGUGGGAGUGGAUGGAGUACGUGCUUUCCUGCAGACCUACUCCCACGAAGUCUCGCUCACCGCAGACUCGGGGAAAAGCCACAUCAUCUUCCCUCAACCAAACUAUGCAGAUACUCUCCUCAGCCAGGAGAGCUGUGAAAAAAAUGAUUUCCUCUCAGCACCACAGUCUUUACUUGAUGAUAAAAGAGAAGAAACCCCUCAGGUAAAAAAAUAAUUUUUUUUUGCAAUAAGCUCAUGUUAAUUUGCUAGAUUUACCUAUUUAGUUGCUCCAGGUGUUUAAAUACAUGUGUUUUAUUCCCAUGUUUCCUUGAGGGUGUAUUGAAGUUUAAGUGAAUCCAGGUGGACUAUUCCUUGGUAGUCUUAAAUGCUCAUGGGCUCCGAGGGAAGUUAAAAAUCAUCGUGGAAUGGAUGAAAACAAGGGAUUAGUAGUUGAUGGUGACCUUUAGAUCAUCAAAAGAAUACUGUUAGAAACGAUGAUUAAUUUCUUCUACUUUUCCAUUCAUGGGACAAACCAUUUCAUGCAUGUGGAUCAGUGAUUCUUUAUAAAUAUAGAAAGACUGGAGCUGAUGAUCAGUAGUGGUCUGCCUUCCCAGCAUGCACCGGGCCUUGUAAUGAUUCUCAGUGCUGCAGUGUGUGUGUGUGUGUGUGUGUGUGUGUGUGUACUAUAGGCAAUGUAUACACUGGAUUUCAUAUUAACUGAAGAGUCUUCUUUAAAAUGCAAGGCUUGCUUUAUAUUUGAAUCUGUGUAUGA